GCGCAGACGGUUCCUUGACUUUCUAGGCGCGUUCUCCCUUGUUCCCGAGCAUCCGCGAGCGUCUCUCCCGGUAGCAAAGGCGGGAGCAGGGCCACGAAGGGGGGCUCUGCGUCGUGCAGAGGCAAAGGGGCUGUAAGAGGGGGUCCCUGCCGCUGGCACCGAGGCGGGAGGUCGGAUCCCCGGACGAGGGGCUGGGCCAGAGGAGACUUCGCGGGCGACCUGGGGGACGGCCGGCCGCGGAGGGCGAGGCUGUUGCGCGUAAAUUCAGGGCAUUCCGCCCAGACCGUGGGUGCCGUCGGGGACUCGGGGGUCCCCUCGGAGCUCCGGUCAUUUGGCUUGGGUAUUUCGCAGCUUUCCCAUCGCCAUCCAGCCCCUCGAAGCCAGCAGGAUUGAAAAAACGGCUUCAGCCAAAUGGUCUCUUCCUUCUGAGAGGCCGAGCGGGUCAGCCGGCUGGGACUCGAGAGGGAUGGCCCGGCCCUCGGGGCGUGGAAGGAGAAGUUGAAGGGGGCGGCGGGAGCGGGGAGCGCCCUCCUUGACUCUCAAAUGCCUCCCGUGUUUCCAUCUCUGCUGAGUGAGCUUGGCGGCGCUGACUACCCGGGAGGAGGGACGGACGCAGCUCAGCGGUCUCAGACCACGCCGCCUCCAUGUGGCUGCUGACUGGGACCCAGGAGGGAACCGGCUUGGGGCGCGGCCUCGAUCUCCCCCCUCCCCGCCUCCCAGGCGGCGGGGCUGGCGAUGUGGAGACGUGAGGGGACCCGCGGCUGCCCCGGGUUCUCCAGGACUCCACCAGGCGCCCGCGCGUUGCUUCGCACCCGGGGCGAGAGAGACCCGGGCGGGGCUCCGUGGUGGGCGGACGGGCGGGCGACGAUCAGAGCCGGAACCCCAGCCUCGCUAUGGGGCACAACGGCAGCUGGAUCUCCAGAAACGCCAGCGAGCCGCGCAACGCGUCCGGCGCCGAGGCUGGGGGCUCCAACCGCAGCGCGCUCGGGGAGUUGGGCGAGGUGCAGCUGUACCGCCAGUUCACCACCACCGUGCAGGUCGUCAUCUUCAUAGGCUCGCUGCUCGGAAACUUCAUGGUGUUAUGGUCAACUUGCCGCACAACCGUGUUCAAAUCUGUCACCAACAGGUUCAUUAAAAACCUGGCCUGCUCUGGGAUUUGUGCCAGCCUGGUGUGUGUGCCUUUUGACAUCAUCCUUAGCACUAGUCCUCACUGUUGCUGGUGGAUCUACACCAUGCUCUUCUGCAAGGUCGUCAAAUUUUUGCACAAAGUCUUCUGCUCCGUGACUAUCCUCAGCUUCCCUGCCAUUGCCUUGGACAGGUACUACUCAGUUCUUUAUCCGCUGGAGAGAAAGAUAUCUGAUGCCAAGUCCCGCGAACUGGUGAUGUACAUCUGGGCCCAUGCCGUGGUGGCCAGCAUUCCUGUGUUCGCAGUGACCAAUGUGGCCGACAUCUAUGCCAUGUCCACCUGCACUGAAGUCUGGAGCAACUCGUUGGGCCACCUGGUCUACGUGCUGAUCUAUAACAUCACUACUGUCAUCGUGCCCGUGGCUGUGGUCUUCCUCUUCUUGAUACUGAUCCGACGGGCCCUGAGCGCUAGCCAGAAGAAGAAGGUCAUCAUAGCAGCUCUCCGGACCCCGCAGAACACCAUCUCUAUCCCCUAUGCCUCCCAGCGCGAGGCAGAGCUGCACGCCACCCUGCUCUCCAUGGUGAUGGUCUUCAUCUUAUGCAGUGUGCCCUACGCCACCCUGGUUGUCUACCAGACUGUGCUCAACGUCCCCGACACGUCUGUCUUCUUGCUGCUCACUGCCAUUUGGCUGCCCAAAGUCUCUCUGCUGGCGAACCCUGUGCUCUUUCUUACUGUGAACAAAUCCGUCCGCAAGUGCUUGGUAGGCACGUUGAUACAGCUGCAUCACCGGUACAGUCGCCGUAAUGUGGUGGGCGCAGCGGGUGGGGUGGCUGACGCCAGCCUGGAGCCCAGCCUGCGUUCGGGCAGCCAGCUCCUGGAGAUGUUCCACAUUGGGCAGCAGCAGAUCUUUAAGCCCACGGAGGAUGAGGAAGAGAGUGAAGCCAAGUACACUGGCUCAGCCGACCUCCAGGCCAAGGAGAUACUUAGCACCUGCCUGGAGGGCGAGGGGGAGCCCCAGUUUGCGCCUCCUAGGCAGCUCCUGGGCGCGGCGGACUCUGUAUCCCAGGUGGCGCCAGCGGCCCCUGCGGAACCUGAAACAUUGCCCGACAAGUAUUCUCUGCAAUUUGGCUUUGGGCCUUUCGAGUUGCCUCCCCAGUGGCUCUCGGAGACCCGAAACAGCAAGAAGCGGCUGCUUCCCCCCUUGGGUAACACCCCAGAGGAGCUUAUUCAGACAAAGAUGCCCAAGGUAGGCAGGGUGGAGCGGAAGAUGAGCAGAAACAAUAAAGUGAGCAUUUUCCCGAAGGUGGAUUCCUAGUAAGGAUUGUAAAUCCCUGGAAGCAGCAGGGAGCUCCCGCACCCCUGCCCUCCCUUCACUCUGGCCGGCCCUGCGAUUUGUGUGAUCUCAUUGCAGCCAACUACGGGUUGACUCCUCCUGUGUGGGCCAAAUGCUUUUGGAAUGAGAGGGAAACCUAUACAAAAUCAAUUGUCCUCUUUAUUGAGGGAGUAUAUAUAUUUAUCUCAGUGAUGUGUGUCCUUGGUAUAAAGUUGGCGUUCCUCUCUGUGGAGACGAAAGCUGGACGGUGUGGAAAGGGCCUUGCUUGGAAUGGGCCCUCCAUGUGCAUUUUCUGAGGACCCAGCAGAAAUAUAGGGAGAGAAGAACAUCUGUGAGCUCAAAGGGAGUAGGGGCCCUCUGUGGGAAGCCCAAGAUAAUUAUGGAGGGGUGUGGCCACAAAGAAAAUGCCCAUUUGAUUCACUCAACUAUGACAAGUAUUAAAAAUGUUUAAUAUUACAAGCACUUUACCAGGUCUUGCCCCAUUAAAUUGCAUUUUUCAACCAAGGGGAGAGAAGCUAAGAGGUAGAGAAGAAAGACAGAAAUGUCCGUACCCUGUAGUCUUCUCUCUUCCGAUGUUGAUCUCGUGUGAAAGGGGCUAUGUCGCAAUCAGUAGAAGUGAAGUGCAUUGAAAAAGAUGAUCUUGUGCAAACUCUCGGGAUUCAGAGGUAAUUUAAAAAUGCAGAGUUAGUGUAAACUGGAUCCUCUGGAAACAUCAAGCUAAAAAUACCUGAUUAGGAAAAGGGGAUUCUGCCCAAAAGAGGGAGAGAAGUCUAACAAAGAUGGCUUCCUUCUGAUGAGGACUCCAGAACCCAGGUGUGGCCAGUCUCGUUUUCAGUCUCUGCACAACUAUGGUUCUCCCUGCAUUGUGGACACAAAAGAGGAACGAGACAGGGAGAAAGAUUUAAUCAUUUUAAAUGCCAAGGCAGCACCUAGCCCAGGUGAGCUCUUCACUUCCUCUUUUCCGGCAAAGUUUUAGCAGGAGUCCAAGGGCAUAGAGGAGGAGGAGGACAGUGUCCUCAACAGGUUAGCCUCCUGGGGGCUCUUAUAAGCAAUUCAAGUCCAUUUUGGGGUAGAUUCACCAGGCUGAAUUCCAACCACAGGUGACACUCUACUUUUAAUGAGGGCAAAUCAAGUGCCAGCUCCACUGUUCUCUCUAGGACAUUUUGUUCUUGUUAAUAGUAUGUGGGGAGGACCAUCCAGUGCCUUGAGCAAGCUUGAGUGAAAGUAGGCAUUCUCACUGGCAACCUUCCUUCCGAUUCCAAGGGCAGUGGUCCUCACGGAACCCCUCCUUUAACCACACGGGCCCCCUGGCCCUCGGCGGAAGCUCAGACUAUGUGUGGGGAGUUUCUUGUGAUGUCUGGUGUGGUGUGGUGUCUUGUGAUUCCAGAGUAUGAACCCAAAGUCCCUUCCUCGGAAGAGGGAAAUCCUCCCUCUUUGUGUUUUGUCUCCUUGCAGUGUCGUGCGCUCUUAGCACAAACAGGGGACUGCCACAUCCUCUCCGUGUGCCCCCUGCCCCCAGCCCUUUGUGCAUGCUACCUAUAGCUUUGUGCCCUGGUAGUUAAUGGUGACCCUUCAAGCUUAUCAUUCAAAACCUUCCCAAUCGUUACAAUUUCCACCAAGGAAAAAACGUAAUCUGUCAGAAAAUUGUGUCUACUUUGGAAGAAUUGUCAAACGUAGCCACUUUGGUGUUGUUCUGAUAAUAUAUAUGUACAACUAAUGCAUUCGGGUGAGGCACAAUUGGGUAGUUCUUUCUUAUGUAUGUUUGAAGCAGAUGGUUGACUUCUAACAGGUCAUUGCCAGGUAUAUUUCUAUAGUCUUUGAAGA